AUGGGUGAUAGAUAUGUGGGAACACAUAGGGGGGGGAGAGGGGGGGGGGAGGAAAAUUCAAGAAAAAAUUUCAAAAAAUUUCAAAAACUUGCGAAAAACGUCCCAAAUCGAGUUCCAGGAGAAGAGGAAUCUGAAAAAAUAUCAAAAUUAGAAAAAACAAAAACAGAAAAUUUUCAGAACAACGAAUGUCUGAACUUUAAAAUUAUACUUAAAAUGUCUUAA